GCCGGGGACGCUGCUAAACAUCCUACAACGAACAGGACAGCCACCACCGCCCCACUCCCCACGCAGAAUGAUCAGCUCAAAAUGUCAACAGUUCAGAGGCUGAGAAACCCUGAGUCUAAAGGAUGUGUGGCAGGUUCCUGAGGCGCCUGUUGGCCGAGGAAAGCCGGCACUCCACCCCCGUGGGGCGGCUCCUGCUCCCCGUGCUCCUGGCAUUCCGUGUGGCACUGCUGGCUGCUGGGGGACCCGGGGUCUACGGCGACGAGCAGAGCGAAUUCCAGUGUAACACCCAGCAGCCGGGUUGCAAGGCCGCCUGCUUCGAUGCCAUGCGCCCGCUCUCCCCGCUGCGCUUCUGGGCCUUCCAGGUCAUCCUGGUGGCCGUGCCCGGUGCCCUCUACUUGGCUUUUACCCUGUAUCAUGUGGUCUGGCACUGGGAAGAUCCGGGAAAGGCAAAGGAGGAGGAAGACACCCUGAUCCUCGAAGGGGAGAGGAGCAAAGAUGCAGCCGGAAGCUGCAAGCAGCUCUGGGCCUAUGUGGCACAGCUGGGGGCUCGACUGGUCCUUGAGGGGGCAACCCUGGGGGUGCAGUACCAUCUGUAUGGGGUCCACAUGCCUGGCUCCUCUGCUUGUCGCAAAGAGCCUUGCUUUGGUAGUAUUACGUGCUUCUUGUCCCGCUCCUCUGAGAAGUCCAUCUUCCUAAAGACCAUGUUUGGGGUCAGUGGGCUCUGUCUCUCCUUAACCCUUCUGGAGCUUGUGCUCCUGGGCCUGGGGAGAUGGUGGAAGACACAGAAGCACAAAUUAAACUUCUUCCUGACUUUAAAGGGCCGCAGAAGACACAAGGAAUCAACUAAAUGCCCAGUAGUGGAAACAAAAGAGCAGCUCCCAGAAGCAGAGUUAUGAAGACACGUGGCUUGCCUCUGCAGGUUUCCUCUGAUUGGAUCUUCUUCCCAACAUCCAGUAAGUGGGGAUUGACGCCUAAGACAAGUUAGAAGCUGUUGAAGGAUCUCUGAAGAGCCAUGGUGGUCCACAUUAUCUAAGGCAUUUCCCUGAAGAGCUCCUGAUGGUGGCUUCUUACCAGAAUUCUCUGGGGCUUGUUUCCAGAGUCCACCAGCAGAAGGCUCGGUGAAGCAGUGCCUGUCCUGCCCUGCUCAGCAGACACCGACCACUGGCAUUCUGGUUGCCGAAGACAGUGCUCUCUCCUGUCUCAGUGACUCCAUUUUUCUGUUGCUCUGCCCACCGAUAGAGGCCUGUAACCCGUGAAUGUCCCCUCCCCGCAACCUUCCAGCGUAUGUCAGAGCCAGGAACUCUGGUCUUCAAGCAUCUGUAAACCAAUGCCCUUUAAUAUCUAGAUGAGAUUUAUUCAGAUACCCACCCUUGGGAAGGUUACUGUGAAUCCAGGGGCUUAUGUCCCCGUGCCCACUGAGAGGUCUGAUUUCUGCUGAAUUCUUAUUCCCUGCAUGAGACACUGCAGCUGUCCCACUGUCUCCAGCACAGCAGCAACUCAGUAUAACCCCAUAACGCAAUACCACUCAGAAAAGGCAGUGGACUUUUACUGCUGACUCAUGGGUAGUGGCAAUGGAGGUUGACUCCAUUGCAGUGUGACUCAGCAGAUGAUUUCAAUCUGAACAUCAGGCCUCUCUUUCCCUGAGUCUCUCCGUCAUUUCUUCCCCCUUAUUGCAGAACCCCCUCUUGGUUCUUUGUCGCCCUUCAGUUCUCAACGUAGAGCAGUUCCUUGUUUUGCUUUCUCCUUCUGAAUCCCAAGUUAUUCCUUACUGAGUUAGGGAGGUUCUUUCCUCAGGAAAGACAUUUGGUUCCCCAAGGGACAGGUUGGCAACAACUAGUAAAAUAAUAUUUCUUCUUCCCACUGCACAAGUGUUUCAUAAAUUGCUGCUUGCUGACUGUAGCCAGAGCCUAGCAGGAGUUGACCAAGGAAAAAGCAAAUGCCAUCUUUCAGAGUCCCUCCUUGAUGGAUGCCCCCCAUUAAAAUUUUUUUUUACUGUGGUAUAAUUCACCUAACUUAAAAUUAAACAUUUUUAAAUGAAUAAUUUACUGACCUAUAGAACAUUCGGAUGUUGUGCAUCCAUUACUACUAUAUAAUUCCAAAACAUUUUUGUUACCCCAGAAGAAACCUCUUGUCCAUAUUAAGCAUCUUCCCCCUUCCUCCAACCCUGACAACCACUAACCCAGUGCCUGUCUC